AUGGAUUUUGUCACAGGAUUUCCUAGAACUAAAAGUGGCAAUGACACUAUUUGGGUGAUUGUAGAUCGACUUACAAAGUAUGCGGUUUUCAUUCCAAUAAAGGAAACUUGGAAGAAGAUGCAAUUGGAAAAGGUCUAUGUAAAGAAUGUAGUUCGACUACAUGGAGUGCCUAAGAACAUCAUCUCCGAUCGAGAUUCAAGCUACCAUGCUAGCAUUGGCAUGGCUCCUUUUGAAGCAUUAUAUGGUCGAAAGUGUAGAAGUCCUGUAUGUUGGAAUGAUGAUAGUGAGAAUCUUGUCUUAGGAAUAGAGUAUAUUGAGGAAAUGGUCUCACCUACAAAAGGAGUGAUGAGAUUUGGAAAGAAGGGAAAAUUGAGUGCCAAGUAUGUAGGUCCUUAUGAAAUUUUGGAACGUGUAGGCAAGGUUGCUUACAAAUUGGUAUUACCUAUGGAAUUUGAGAAAAUGAAUGAUGUGUUUCAUAUCUCCCAAUUAAAAAAGUAUGUUCCUGAUUCAAAGCACGUGCUACAACCUAUAUCGAUUCAAUUGGAUGAAACUUUAACUUAUGAGGAAAGGCAUGUGAAAAUCUUGGAUCAUAAGGUGUGUAGUACACACAAUAAGGAUGUUAGGAUUGUUAAAGUUCUUUAG